AUGCUCAGGUCUGUGGAUCCAAAUCCUUGGCUCUGCCUUCUCGUCCUGCUUGUGGUCCCCCAUAGCCAUGAGGGGGCCCAUUCUCCUCAGCGCAGGUUUGAGUACAAGUUCAGCUUCAAAGGACCAAAGCUGGCUUUGCCUGGGGCUGGAAUACCUUUCUGGAGCCAUCACGGAGACGCGAUCCCAGGCCUGGAGGAAGUGCGGCUGACCCCGUCUAUGCGGAAUCGGAGUGGCGCUGUGUGGAGCAGAGCCUCUGUCCCCUUCUCUGCUUGGGAGGUGGAGUUACAGAUGAGGGUGACUGGGCCAGGGCGCCAGGGAGCCCAGGGCAUGGCUGUGUGGUACACCCGGGGCAGGGGCCAAGUAGGCUCUGUCCUGGAGGGUCUGGCCUCGUGGGACGGCAUCAGGAUCCUCUUCGAUUCGUUGGCCGAGGGUACCCAGAACAGCCCUGCCAUCCGUGUGCUGGCCAGUGAUGGACACACCCCCUAUGAGCAACUUGGGGAUGGAGCCAGCCGGGUACUGGGCUCCUGCCACCGGAACUUUCGGAACCGGCCGUACCCCUUCAGAGCACGGAUCACCUACUGGGGGCAGAGACUGCGUGUAUCCUUGAACAGUGGCCUUACUCCCAGUGACCCAGAGGAGGUCUGUGUCAAUGUGGGACCCCUGCUUUUGGCCCCUGGAGGUUUCUUUGGCAUCUCAGCAGCCACCAGCAUCCUGGCAGAUGACCACGAUGUCCUGUCCUUCCUGACCUUCAGUCUGAGGGAGCCAAGUCCAGAGCCUCCCCCUGAGCCUUUCCUAGAGAUGGAGCAGCUCCGCCUGGUGAGGCAGCUGGAAGUGUUGCGGGCAAGGCUGGCACUGGGUACCACGGGGGAUGCAAAUUUGAAGCCAGACUCCAAAGCCCAGGAAGAUGGGGAAAAGCACUUUGACCUGGAGGAGACACUGGGCAGACACAGUCAGAUCCUGCAGGCUCUCCAGGACCUCUCUGAGCAGUUGGCCCAGGCUGAGAGACAAUGGAAGAAGCAGGCUGGAUCCCCAGGCAGGGCCAGACCUGGGGAAGGUUGGGCCCUGGAGCCCUCCUGCCAGAUUCCAUCCUCCCCAGAUUGGGGCAGCUACCCCUCUGGACUGGCUCUCCUACAGGACUCUGCCAAGGUCAGCACCCUGCUCCGUGGGCAGCAGGCCCUGCUCCAGGACCUUCAAGAGAUGAGGGCUGCAGCUGCCCGAAUGGCCUCAGGAGCCCAGGUCUUCUACCUGCCUGUGGGCACCAAGCAUCAUUUCUUGGAGUUGGGCCAGACCCUGAGCCUCCUUCAGAAGGAUCUUCGGGGCCUGGUGAAAUCAUCAGCCAAGGUCCCCCGCCAACUGGGCCGGCCCCCAAAGGCCUCCUCAUGCCUGCAGUCUGGCUUCUUUCUGUUCUUCCUCUUCAUGCAGACUGUAGGCUUCUUCAGCUAUGUGCACUUCAGACAGGAGCUGGACAAGAGCCUUCGGGACUGUUUGUCCCUAGGCAGCCUUCCUCUGAGCCCUGAACCACACGUCCCCAGGACUCUGGGAGUCUUUCGAAGGCAGCCCCUCUCCCCCAGCAUGCAUUCAUGA